CAAGGCACUGUUCAGUUCAGUUGUACUAAAAGCUGUGUGCAGUAUAAGACUGAUCAACAACUGAACUACGACGUAAUCAGUCCAAACCUGCUUGGAUCCAUCCCCCUUGGUUGGCAAGUGUGGACUUGUGAGCCCAUUUGUGUGCUAUGAGUCGCUUCGUGUCCUCGGUCUCCUUCAAUAGUUCUUCGGCCAAAUUGUUUCUACAAUCCCGAGCUUCUCUCUCCGGCCUGAGUCAUGCCUUAGUUCGACGAGGACUCGCUAGCUCGCCGGUCAGCCUCAAAGGUCAAUGGCGCAAUGACACACCCGAAGGCGGACUGACUGAAAUCCUGGUCUACACGCCCGAUUCGGAAGUGCCACCCACGCUCUGGCCGGAUAAUGCCUUGGGUGUGUUUUCGCAAGUCGACGGGCGCUUUGCCUUUCCCGGUCACGUGGGCGUAGCAUCGGGGUUAGACACGACAGGCUCGCCUCAAGCUACCUCCGAGCCCAUUCCUUUGAGUCAGAAUCUCGAGAACCACGCCCACCGCUCAGAUUUAGUGGCACGCCCCACGAAUCUCGAGAAUCAAAGCCAAGUGUUGUACUCGGCCAACGAUUUCAUUCAGCACACGCCGGGCGCCGAAAAGUACGUGUGCGCUGACCUGCUCACCGACUUCCCUGAGCUACGCGGUAUGCAGCGUCUGAGCUGCGAGGCGCACGAAGCGCCCACACUGUUGAAAAAGGAGGUGCAGCCCCUCUUUCCUGAUCUGAAUAUCAUGCAUCAGAAUCUGAGCGUGCUCACCUUGUCGCAGAAGACGGUGAACGAUAUGUCGGUGUGGAGUGAUGAUAUGGAGGAGGAGCGCGAUUUGCUCGUUGAGCAGUUCUUCGCCGCUGCCAAAGAAAUCGUGGCUAGAUUGAAAUCCGAAGGCUACUGGGCAGAUUUGCUGGACCCAAUCAGUGGUACGCCGUAUUAUGGAUCCCAUAGCUCGACUGCCAUGUUCGAAACUGAUGAGAAGUACCGACUCCUGGGAUUUCGGAUCGAAGAUUUAGGCUGUUGUAAAGUAAUUUGUCACCGCGAGUUUGGGCGACACGUGUUUGUGGGGACCAUUUUUACCAACGCUCACAUUUCGACCGGUACUAUUCAAGACUUGUUCGAAGAACUCAAGUUGUCCUUAAACCAUCCUCAGGGAGAUAGCAAUCACUAAAGCCGCAUAAGGCAGUAUCAUAUAUCUGUAUUUUCAUCGCCUGAUCCGAUGAUGAUGCUUGCCCGGUAACCUUUGACCCUCCAAUCUUUGAAUAACAUACAUUCAGUCCCUUCAACACAUGUGAUGCCCACUAGUUCUACCUUCAAAGUUGGUUUUCAAACCUACGCUUUCUCGAGUGGUUAUCGCUAAAACAAUGCACGCCGAAAUAGAUUCAACUGAAAUCUAGCACUGGCAACUCGUUCUACUAGUAAUUGAUUAAAGGUCUUCUUCCUUUUCUUGUCAUGUUCA